CUUUCCACUCCGCCGAUUCCUCCCGCCUUGAUCUCUCCGACCGGAUGGCCGACCGGCGCGGCCUACUCCUCUGGAUCCUGCGACUCGCCGUCGCCGUCUCCGUCGCCGCCUGCGCCUGCUUUCCCGCCCCCGUCUCCGGCAUGCGGUGAGAUCCGCUCUCCCCUGUCGUUGCUAGGACCCGAAUCCUUUUCCCGUGCUCGUUGCAGUCGGUGUAGUUCUUGCUGCAAAAUUUCUUCGGAGGUGAGGCACUCAUUCAGACCAGUAAGGAUUUACUUGGUUACGGAUUUGAGCCUCGUGCUUGAUUCUAGUACUGUUUAUAUUGCAAGGAAAAUAAAAUGAUGAAUGGCAAGCUAAUUUUGACUGUUCAAAUCAAAAUGAUGUUUAUCUGUUUCAACGCGGUUCUAUUUGUUUGUUUUGGAGCCACUGAUCAUAAAUAAGGGCUUUCCGUGCCCACCCACACAUAAAUAUGCCAGUAUACCACUGAUUUUCGACAAAGUUUUCCUGGUUGGUUGGGUCCUUUCUCAUUGAGCUGUUUGAUUGGAGUGCAAUGUUGCAAUUUCCUAGCAUAAGGCAGCUGGGAUUGGAAGAGGGAAGGGAUGAGGAAGCACAGGAGAGAUGUAAUUUUGGAAGCGAGGAGUGUGGAUGAGGCUGAUAAAGAAGAAAGAGAAAGGAAGGAUAUUGGCCUUGUUGCACCCAUUAUGUGCAGAAGCACUGUUCAGGGGCGGCAUCUGAUCUCUGACGAUAAUGGUUAUGUAUGCUCUGCACUCUCAAUCGAUCCAUGGUCUCACUGCUGCCCAAGAACAGGGGCCCGCUUUUCCUGUCAGGGCUGCAAACUUGAUUUUCAGUGCUGCAACUCUUAUGAAUAUUGUGUUUCUUGCUGUUUGAAUCCUUCUAAGACCAAGAAAGGAGAUGUGCUGAAGCUGAAGCUAGCUAAGCCAGUUACUGCUGGAACAUACACAAGUGUCUUCGAUUUCUGUGUGGGAAGAUGCCGCCAUAGUUCUGCAAGUGUGGUUCACGAAAAUGCCUACGCUAGUGACUUCCAUCAUUGUUUUUCAGUGCAUAAAAAAUCAUUGGGAUCAAUUGAAUCUAAUUCUGUAUCAAGGUUUUUGGGAAUUAGUAUCAGUGUGGGAAGGCCGGGGGAAUCCUGCAGCUUGGUUUGCAAAGCAAAAGGACAGUCAUGUGUUCCGAGCAGGCUCUCCAUGCUGAACAAAUGUGAGAUUUUGCAGAAGUAUUUGAGAUGCAAAAGCGGUUGCUUUCGCAGCCUUGGACCAGAUCAGCCUUCUGAAGUAGUUGAUGAAGCUCCAACCAGUUUGAGUCAUUGUCAUUACGUAUACGGCGAUGGCGACGGAUGGGGUGCUGCGGCGGCGAAGGGCGCGACACGGUGGCGUCGGCCGGCGGCGCUUAUGAUGGCCUGCGCAAGUGGAGCGGCGGCGGCGCGACAGUGCUACCAGCAGCUGGUGGUGCGCGGGACGGCGCGACGGAGCAGACAUGUACUUGGGACCAGCAGUUUUGAUGGCACGAUGCCGCGAGGGAGGCCAGCUUGGGACAGAAACCAGGAGCAUGCUUAUACAUGCAGAUGGAUGAGCGGCUCACAUGUGAUGGUUCGCAUCAACAUACCCAGAGGCUCUGUCCUUGCGCAUGACAUGGGAAAAAGGACCGUGACACUCAUAAGAGUGGUAGUUUUCCCAGAAAAAGAUUUGUCAGGCUUUAGAGAUUCAUUUAAUUGCCAAGGUAUCGACAAGAUUGGUUCUCACGUCAGUCGCCAUCACUUGACAGGAACAAGUGGAGAUUGGAAGCUGAAAACCGAUGGUUCUCCAUCACCCCAUGAUGAACAACCUUUCUACCUGCUGGUUGUCUCAACACAAACAUCCCAUUCUUCACCGGUUUUCAGGCAGGGUCGUGGAUGCAAAGGGGAUGAAGUACCUGUGAGUCCUCGCAUGGUAUUUGGUAGGAUGUUGCAUAUCAAACGAAAAUGCAUGCAUCAUCGGUAGCGCAUUGCUCUAUGUACCUGCCAUUGAGUGCGAGAUGCAUUGCAUCCAGGCAUUCCUCAUAAUUUUAUAUUUGUGGCUGUCGUGCACAGGCUGUUUUACUUGCUUGUCUACAUGCAUCAUUCAUGCGCAGAGCAAAUACCUCAACCAAUUAUAUUCAUAAUAUAUUGUGCAAUUUUUCAUGCA